AUGCCGUGGUUGGAAAACAGCCUUGCCAGCAUGUCUGGUGGCAUCAGGCGGCUCGACCAAGAACUCGUGGUGGUCUUUGUCAACUUCCAAGCGGCAGGAGUGGUGUCUGCCAACAGGCAGCACUUCGUUCUGACGCAAGUCACUGCCCUUUGCAACAGUUUCCCUCGAAGUUGUGUGGCAGUUCUGGUGAUGCCAAACCGUGUGCGCAGUGCUGUUGUGAACUUCGAUCCUGACACAGUUUAUGGCUCACGGACUGGCUUCCAAGAGGUGCUUUUGGUCAUGGCGAGGGAGAAGAACUCAGUCCCUGCGAAGUCCAAGUUCGUCAAGAGCGGGUGCGUUUCUGGUGCCAAAAUGUUGCCAAGGGCUGAGAUGGUGAAACUUCCCCGUGAUGCUUAUGGAGGUGAGGCCAAGUUCACACCAGUCCAAGAGUUGAAGCAGGUCUUUGACCUUAGCCGUGCACAACGGUUGUCCAUUCCUGGGUUCCCUGACUUCAAGAAGACCGUCCAGGAGCUAAAAACAACGGCUCAGCCACCUCAUCCAGACUAUUCUGUUACCAUCCCAGUAGCAGAUUCCCUUGUCAUCAAGGAAGCCUUGAUCGACCAUUGGACCACCAAACCCGACUUCAAGGCUGACAUUGAGAAGGCGGUCAAGGAGCACAAUGCUGUCUACAACAAGCGGGGAUUGAAGAGGGGCUCGGAUGCUUCUGGUGGUGACCAAGCGACACGACCCACCAAGAAGCUUUGCAUCGAAGCGGACCCUAUCUCUGUUGAUGAGUUUGAAACAAAGUAUCCAGACAGGCUCGAUCUGGCAUCUGGCCAUUGGACUUUGAGCCUGGCCGGUGGUUCGCUGUUCAUCCACAGCCAGGAGGACUUCGUCUUGGACCAGUUCUUGGAGCUGUUCAGCUUUGGCAGCGGCGACUACGUUUCCAAGUCAGAAGCCACAGAUGUGCUCUCUGAUUUGGAAGGGCGUUGGAUUCGCUAUGAUCUGACUGGUAGAGCUGAUGAGCGCCAUGUGAUUCUGGAAACCAACAAGAAGCUACCGGAACACCUAUCCGAGUUGGACAUCUUCAACAAGGUCUGCUCCCAUACUGACCAGUCAUCUCAACCCUAUUGUCCUUUGGAAUUAUCCCUGGGAAUUGCUCUGGGGGUUGUCCUUGCCAGGUGA